AUGUCUGAUGAACAGAAUUCCCUCCCGUUUGCUGGUGCAGGGCCUGCUGCCCGAGUCAAACUGGCAGUGCUGAAGAAGGUUCUUGUGAGCACAAGAUUCCUUAUUUGUAUCCGAAUCCGAGCAGGAUGUUCUAGCUCUUCGCGCUGCCCGCAGCGCACGCUCAGCCACGUGCAUUCAAUGACGUGUGUCCAUCCCACGUGUGAGGAGAGCCGAGGGACCCUCGGCUCCCGAGACGUGGGCACGCAAGGGUGGCUGUCCCCAGGUGACACGGUCCUGACCCGGGGCUGGCCGCUUCAUCCCAGCAGCAGAACGAUCUUAAACGAAAACCUGCACUUAUUUGGCAGGGAGAGAAGCGGCCGUAGAUGGACUGUGAGGAGCCUUUGGCCAAGCAGCACCGGGUCGGGACCCAUCGGAACUCUCCGGAAGGAGGAUCGCCGUCGGGAGAAGCGCGGCGGAGGGCGGGUCGGGCGGGUCUCCGCUCCCGGGGCGAUUCCCGGCGCCCACGCCCUCAGGCCGCACGACCAACCGCAGCGGCAGCGCGCCGCGCGCCCGCCUUCCCGCCCGGGGCCGGGCCGGGCCGGGCCGGGGCGGGGCCGCAGGCGCGCUGAAAUACCGCGGGCAGCGCGGCUUCCCCCGCCGAGCGCCGCGGUCCCGCAGCCCCGCUCCGCCUCCCGCAAAGUCGAGCCCAGAGGAAAGGUCACCCUAACCUGUUUCAGAGCCCCUUCAGGUCCCAAAGAACAGGACAGAGGACUCGCCCCAGCCAGAGCACUCCUUAGGGUAGAGGACGAGGAUUUCUGGUCUGAAGCAGAGGGUGACGUGAGCUGCUCUGUCCCUGGAUCCAUUAUGGAACAGAUCAAUGGACCUCUUCAGAUGGAGCAUGCAUUGCUGUUCACCUUCCUGGAGGUAUCCUCUGACUGUAACUUCAAAGAGCAGCUGCGUUCCCUGCAAAGCCAGCAGAUCAUGUUGUGCCAAGGAAACGAUGACGAUGAGCUUCAGACCGAUGGCAAUCGGAGUGGCCACUUUCAGAAUGGGUUGGCUCCAACAAAUGAAGAGGUUAUCCGGAUCAUUGCUGCUCAGCUUGCUGAGAUUGGAGACCAGUUUGACAGAGAAAUCCAAGAAGGAGUAGUAAAUAGCCUAGCACGGCACUUUCUGAAUGAGAAUCUGUCUAAUGAGGAGAUAACCCAGCACAUGUCCAGGGCAGUGAGAGAGCUUACACGAGCCAUCCCCUCAGACAUGGAACAGGAGAAGGCCAUGUUGGUGCUAACAAUGGUCUUGACUAAGAAAAUUGUGAAUACAGUGCCUGCUCUUCUACGCCGUGUCUUUAACACCACUCUGAACUACAUGAACCAGCAGUUCCACAACUACAUUGCUGAAAUGCUGGGUGAGUGAGCUCUCCAGGCCUGUGUGAAGCAUGUGAAUUCCUGAAGACUUUCCUUGAUGGAUGAACAUGACUUGAUUUUCUCUUGACUUCUGAAAGACAGCUGUGAAAGGGAUGGCAGAGCUUCAUAGAUAAGCUUUUGUAGACUAGCACAGCAGUAAUAGUAGCAUGAGCUGCCUGCCAGCUCUGCCAGUACCUGUAGGAAGUAGUGCUUGCCUCUCUGCUUUCACAAUACCUUUUAUUUUAGCAGCAGCAGGGCCUGCCUUCUGCCUCCACAGGCCCAGGGGGCACAGGGCCUGUCCUCUGUGGAUUUUUUUUUGCAUUUUGCUUUAGUUAUUCACUUCCCAGCCCUGCACCUGCAGCUGAGCCGUGCUGAAUGCUGUUCCCAGGAAGGCCUCAGAGACUGUGGAAUGGGUGGUUCAUCAGCGGGGGGGUGGGUGGGAGGGAUUCAGGUGUCUUGAUGAGAAGCUGGCAGCAAGAGGGAACAGCCCUGAGGGAUAGAGGGGGGAUGUGGCCAGAGAAGGCUGACACCAGGGUACUUAAGUAUCAAUCACCAUACUCCUGUGUUUGCUUGAAAAAUAAAACUGACAGAAAAAUUGUAAAGAAAAGGGCAGGGUAGGCACAGGGAAAGUUUUUUGAGAAUGCAACCUGAAUAUGCCUAAGAAAAGGUAGCAAAUUUUGUAGUCAAAUCUCAGGCUGAACAAACUUGGACUCAGGUUGUUUUAUACAUAACCAGAAAAGGUGGCAAAUAUGUCACCUGUGAUCCAGCUGCCUCAGGACUUUUCCAAGUAUGUAAAUAUUUUGUAGGUUUUUUUAACUUAAAUAAAAAUUUAAUCUCUGGAGGCUACUACAGCUCUGCAGACUUUCAGU